GUAUAAAUACCCUGCAUUGGUACCAGAAUUAUACCAUCUUCUCUUUACAAUCUUUGUAGGAAUUAAGUACAUUUUGCCUUAUCUUCCUUAUAACGAUAUGGCUUCCAAAACAAGUGCCUCAGUUACCCUUUUCCUCUCUUUGAAUCUCCUUUUCUUUGCCAUAGUCAGUGGAACUGAUUGUGGCUCUUGUCAUUAUAAUCUUCCUAGCACCGGUAAUGGUGGUGGCAAUAGUGGUAAUAUUGGUGGCUCGGGCAAUGGCGGCGGCUCUGGCAACGGAGGAGGUUCGGGUUAUGGCGGCAGAGGUGGCAAUGGACAAGCCAGGUGCCCCAGAGAUGCUCUGAAGUUGGGUGUAUGUGCUAAUUUACUCGGUGGAUUGGUGGGCGCGGUAAUUGGGACUCCUCCAACGAUGCCAUGCUGCAGUUUGAUCGCGGGGCUGGCGGAUUUAGAGGCGGCAGUUUGUUUGUGCACAGCCAUAAGAGCAAAUGUGCUGGGAAUAAAUCUGAAUGUGCCACUCUCUCUCAGUCUUGUUCUCAACAACUGCGGAAGGAAUCCUCCUACUGGCUUCACUUGCUAAGCCUACGUACCCAAAUGCCUAUUUCAGCCUUUCUUAUGUCAGCAUUUUGUUUUUGCAUCAAUUUUCAUUUAUGAUCAUUUGUUCUAUGUUGUGCUAAUUGUUAUUGCAAAAUUAAAGCGAGCGAGCUUGCAAAAUGAAAUCAGGUUCGUGAAGUAGUUGAUUUCACAUUUGCACUCAAAGGUUCCCUUUGACUACUCCAGGGGUUGUAAGAUGGCUGCCUAACCCAAUUUUUCACUAGAAAAAAGUGAAAAAUAAAAUAUAA